AAAAACUGGAUCCUUUAUUUCGUGUGUGUGUGUUAACCAACACAACAGCUGUCUGAUCUGAUUGGUCGAUGCAGUUUGAUGGCAAUGAACCCCACCACAGACCACACCCUCAUGAUCCAAACCAAUUCUCAAUUACACUAACACACUCACUCACUCACACACAUUACCAAAAUUAAAAAAAAAAAAAAAAAAAAAAAAAGUGAAAAAUUGACCCAUGGGUCGUUGAGUGGCAGUUACCUUGUGUUUCCCUAACGCGUUCAUCUCCGUUCCGGGUUUUACACGCGCUCUCUUUACUCUCUGCUGUGUGUUAACCACGCUCCUCCUCUGCGGUUCGGCUCCGGGUAAAAGGUGAGCCGGGUCCACUAACGGUCCACAACACGUGGCAGAUUUUGAAAGGGCUGUUUAUCUCUCUCGAACACGAUCAUUCCAAUCCGACGGUCGAGCAUGCAUCCAGUUGUCAGAAUCUUAUCAGUAAAUGGACGGUUCCUAUGAGUUCACGUGUCACGUGAACAGAAGUUGUGCAUCCUCGCUUUUAUAUAAUACUCUCCGGCGACUCUGUCUUCACCACUGUGUACAGUCUCAGCCGACACUUUUCAUUUCGCUCCCCCCCAAUCUUUCUUUCUAAAACCCUAUAUCUCUCGCUUCAGUCUUCCCUCCCACCCAAGUCAACCACCAAUUGAAUUCGAAUUUUGAAUCAGUGGUGGAAUGAUUUGAGAAAAAAAAAACACAUAAAAGAGAGUAAAGUUACCAACUUUUUCUUGUAAUUAUUCAGAAAUGGGGGAUUCCGAUAGGGAUUCCGGUGGAGGGCAAAACGGGAACAACCAGAACGGACAGUCCUCGUUGUCUCCCAGAGAGCAAGACAGGUUCUUGCCGAUCGCUAACGUAAGCCGGAUCAUGAAGAAGGCUUUGCCCGCCAACGCCAAGAUCUCCAAAGAUGCCAAAGAGACGAUGCAGGAGUGUGUCUCCGAAUUCAUCAGCUUCGUCACCGGGGAAGCCUCCGAUAAGUGUCAGAAGGAGAAGAGGAAGACCAUCAACGGCGACGAUUUGCUCUGGGCUAUGACCACUCUAGGCUUUGAGGACUAUGUUGAGCCUUUGAAAGUUUACUUGCAGAGGUUUAGGGAGAUCGAAGGGGAGAGGACUGGACUCGGGAGGCCACAGACUGCUGCUGAGGCCGGGGAGCAUCAGAGAGAUGCCGUCGGCGAUGCCGGUGGGUUCUACGGUGGUGGUGGGAUGCAGUAUCACCAACAUCAUCAGUUUCUUCACCAGCAGAACCAUAUGUAUGGAGCCACAGGUGGCGGUAGCAACGGUGGAGGUGGAGCUGCCUCCGGUAGGACGAGGACUUAAAAAGAUUGAUUGGUGAUGAAGUGGAUCUCUGUAUAUAGAUACAUAAAUACAUAUAUUUAUACACAUGCCUAUUUUUACAAUCCAUAAAAAUUCGUAAUAUCGUCGAUAUAUAUGGUAUCAUGUGAUAGAACGAACAUUGGCGUUGGUGAUGUAAAAUCAGAUGUGCAUUAAGGGUUUAGAUUUUGCGGCUGUGUAAAGAGGAUCAAGUGUGUUUGCUGAACGAUAGGAUUCACUAACGAAUCUGCUUUAUUGAAAUCUUGUAUGUAACCUAAAGCCAUUGUAUUGGAUGUCCAUUACAUUGAAUGCAACUGUUUUCAUU